CAUUGUUAAAUAAUACAUAAUGGACAAAGGCGUAAUUUCGACGGCAGAGUGGAGUGUACGUUAUAGGUUUCAGAGCGGCUAAUAACGAUUUUGCACUUCAAAUUUCAAUCGUCGGCCCGUCCCUACUCGGAAGAUCCCAGUGUGAGCGUAUAUAUAUUCUGUCUACGAAGACGCGUAUAUACGGCGAGAGUGUCCGCUCUUCGCAUUCAGCCGAUUAGUUGAUGUGUUUUCCCGCGCGCUAUUCAGUCGCGCAGUUGUUCCCAUCAUUCAAGCAUGUGCACACACAACGACGGCCCGCGCGCUGCUCGGCACUCCAAUUGAGUUUUAUUUACAGUUGUCAGUCGGUAUUGAAAAUUGAGCAAACUGUCGGACUGUCACAGAGUUACAGGCUCUAACUGUCUCUCCCUGGCCGAAGGAAAAUCUUCCUGCUCCACUUUGCGGCGUUAUAUUGCUGGGCGAUGUCAUUUUGCCGGCUAAUGGCAUUAUUCUGAUAAACCAUUUACGGAGUAAUAUUCCGUCACUACUGGACCGAACUGGAAUACCGCAUGGCGCCCAAAGGGAUGGAAUAGACCAUCUUCAUGCUUUAACCCUUUUAAAUCUCAUCUUUCCCUAAUUGCUCAUGUUUUCCGGUCGGUUGACAGAAAAAUGGCAGUGGGCCCCAUUGACAAUGGCCGAUUAACUAUUAAAAUUGCUUUACCAGUUUUUCUGCAUUGUCUGGAUAAGGCAUUAGCCUUGCAGUAUCCAUCGUUUUUCGGAUUAAACAGCUCGCAUGCCUCUAAUCUGCUUGAUCCUGGCAACAUUAUUGCCCCAUAUAUUGCACCUCCGGGAUGUGAGCCCCAUAGUACAGUUGAUCCUCUCACGGGAAAUGAAACUAUCGAAUUCUUACCUUGCCCCGAGUGGUUACCGGAUACGGAAACCAGGCUACCUUCCUAUUGUUGCGGUGCGGAGGAGAAAGAGCGGCGAUGCUGUGAUUGGACAAUAUAUGUUGUCAAUCAGAUCGGAUUUGGAAAAACCAAUAUUGGAUUGCUCAUACUCGUGGGACUGUUUUUUAUAGCAGCCGGAAUAAUAUUUUCUUUGAUGUGCCUGUUUUUCCGGGCGUUUGUUGUGUCCAAGUGGGAACAGCCGCAAGAUGCCGAAAUGUCACGGAGUGAUUCCGCACGGAAUAACAGCAUAACGUUUCAAUCAUACCGGCAUGAUGAAAGUCUACAUCAGCUGUGCUACAUUGAUGCGCCGACGCCGGCGCUGGCAACGCCAGCAGCAUCCCGUCCAACGACAAGUGCUCUCUAAAACUAAGUGUGAUCCAUGAUGUUACUCUGAAAACCAGGUUCAGAUUUUAACAUCCCUGUGCAUUUUUCUUUAAUCAAUAAAACAAACUGUGCAUCGAUGUUUAUUCUUCUAAUGACAAAAAAUGCCCGCAUCAAUGACCGUGUGGAUUUCAUAUGGAAUAUGCUCACUUUACAAAAAGGUCUCGACUUUCCAAUGUACACAACGUGCACUGCAUUGUGCUUUGCCGAUCACCAACGGUAUUGUAAAGUGCCGUGUGUAGAUAAACCCGGCCUCCGUGGUUUCCACCGGAAGCAUUUUGCAAACGCGCAUCGAUAAG